AUGUCGAUUGAGGAAAGAGCAUUAUAUAUUGAAGAAAGUGAAUUAAGAGAUAAAUUGGAUAGUUUAGAAAAAGAACUUUCAUGUAAUAAUAAGCACCAAAGAGGUUGGGAAAAAACUUGCUACUGCUUGUAUUUUGAAGAAAAGAAAAUGGAGGUUCUAAGAAGUUAA